ACUUAGCGAAUUGAGAUUUUUACAAAGAUAGUUAUUUAACAAUGAUUUUUUAUACAAUAAAUUACUAAUAUUUGAAAAUAAGCGCUCUGUGUACGUACUCGAAUAUACAGUUUCAUAACCUUGACGGUUUGACAUGAACUUCAGUUAUUUUUUCCUCGUCGGGUGGUCCACUCGUCAAUAUUAUUAUAUUAUUAUAAAUAUAAUUAUACUAUUUUUUGCAUUAAAAUAAACAUUACUUUAAUAUAAUUUUAAUUGGUAAAAUGAAUUAAUAAAUAUUUAUUUAAAUAUUUCCUUGUAAAAUCCAUAUCGUAAAUAUGGAGAAAGAAAGAUUUACUAUGCUCCUGUUAGAACCAGGAGAAAUAUUCUUUGAAGAUUAUAGUGUAAAAAUGAAGUCAAAUAAUUCAACAGAAAAUAAUUCAUCAAAUGAUUGGAUGGAUGGAAGAUUGAAACUUUGCUCGAAAUCUCUAGUCUUUGUUAACAAAGAUAUCAAUGAGCCACUAAUUAAAUUUCAAAUGAAAGAAAUCAUAUCAGUCGAAAGUGUUAAAAAUAAAGAUGAUUCAGGGAAGGUUUUAUCUGUUACGUGUAAACAGUAUGCUGAAAUGCUAAAAGCUAAUCGAUUAGAACCCUAUAAAUUUGUACAUAAAAGUGCCCACUUUUUAGUAUCUUUUAAUUAUGCCAAUCCAGAUGACUGUCUUCCACAUAUCAUGCAGCUUUUAAGAGCAUCUACUCUUCCAACUGCUGAACAAAAUGCAAUGAUUAUGACAAUCGUUCAUUCGAGACAGUCGAGAUUCUCAUUUGACACAUCUUGGUUGGAAGAUUUAUAUGAACAGGUAGUUUGCGAAGUUCAAGCAAGUAAAGUACUUCCUUUAAUUAUAAAUCCAGGAAGAGUGUUAUUAACAAAUUCUAGAAUUUAUUUUCAACCUUAUAACAAUUUAGAUCAGCACCCAGUUUUGAAGAUAAACCUUCGAAAUGUGAAAAAUAUUCAAAAAAGAAGAUUUUUAUUACGUCAAAUCGGUUUAGAAAUAAAAUGGAUAAAGCAGCCGGAAAAUAAAACAGAAUAUUUAUUUUUGUCAGUAAAAACUCCAGAAGACCGAGAUAAACUUUAUGAGUGUAUAAUUAGUCAAAAAGAUCUUCAAUUGGAGACAGUACCACAAAAUCAAAUGACAAUACUUUGGCAAAAUAGAGCUUUAUCAAAUUACGAUUAUCUAUUAUACAUUAACAGUUUAGCUGAUAGAACUUUUCAUGAUUUAACACAAUAUCCAGUAAUGCCAUGGAUUAUUCAGGAUUAUACAUCAUCAACGCUUGAUCUUGAUGAUCCUAAUGUAUAUAGAGAUCUUUCUAAACCAAUUGGUGCCUUAGAACCGAAUAGAUUGGAACGUCUUAAGGAAAGAUAUGAAGAGAUGACAGAAAAAAAAUUUCUUUACGGAUCACACUACAGUGCUCCAGGAUUUGUGUUAUUUUAUUUGGUCCGAAAAUAUCCACAAUACAUGCUCUGUCUUCAGAAUGGUAGAUUUGAUCAUCCAGAUAGGAUGUUUAAUAAUGUAGCGGACGUGUGGAAAAAUGUAUUGGCAAAUAUGUCUGACUUUAAAGAACUAGUCCCAGAAUUUUAUGAUCCUACGAAUGGUGGUGAUUUCCUUACGAAUAAUUUUGGAAUUGAUUUCGGAUAUCGAUAUGAUGGGACUAAAGUUGGUGAUGUUUUUUUGCCACCAUGGGCAGAAGGACCUGCAGAUUUUGUACAAAAAUUAAGAAAUGCCUUGGAAAGUGACUGGGUGUCUCAAAAUCUUCAUCACUGGAUUGAUUUAAUAUUUGGAUAUAAACAAAGAGGAAAAGAGGCGGAAAAAGCGGAUAACGUAUUUUUUUAUCUGUGUUAUGAAGGAGCUGUUGAUUUAGAUACAAUUCAAGAUAUUAAUGACCGACAUGGUUUAGAAGUUCAAAUUAUGGAAUUUGGUCAAAUUCCUAAACAAAUUUUCACUUUACCUCAUCCAAAACGACUUAUGCCGGCUGUGAAUUUAAUGAAUGAAACAUUACUAAAUUCUCAAUCAAAUACUAUUAAUGAAAAUGAAGAAGAAGAAGAAGGUGAAUUUGCCCUGAGACAAUAUUUCGUAUUUCCGUCCCAUAAGGAAUCAAUAUUACACAUCACACCCAUGAAUAAUACUGGAAAUGAAAUUGCAUCUGUUGGUCAUGAUGGAAUAUUAAAAAUCUAUUCUUUGCAAACCAAGAAAUUGACUCGAAGCAUAUCAUUAUCAAAUUUACCUUUGUCUUCGUGUAUAUUUUAUAAGACAAAAACUGGACAAAAUAUUUUACUUGUAGGUUCGUGGGAUGAUACUUUGAUUUUUUAUGAUGUAGAAUUUGGAAGAAUAGUGGAUGUAUUAACAGGACAUGAAGAUGCGGUUUCAUGUUUAGCUUGGAGCCCUUCUAAAAAUAUUGUAAUGUCUGGGUCUUGGGAUUGUACAGUGAAAAUAUGGCAUUUUCAUGAAUCUGGUUCAAAAAUAAAACCGCAGGAAUGUUUAAUUGCCCAACUUGAUCAUGACUCUAAAGUCACGUGCCUUAGCAUUUCAAGUGAUGAAAAAUUAUUAGUAUCAGGUACGGACGAUGGUGAAAUAUUUGUAUGGAACAUGAAUAAUUAUGAUAUAUAUUUUACAGCAAAAGGACAUUCAGGAAAAAUAAAUGCAAUAUUAUUCGACCUAGAAAGUAAAAAUAUCAUUUCCUGUGCCAGUGAUAAAUUGAUAAACAUAUUCGAUGUCCAAACCACUACAAAAAUAUAUAGUACAUCAUUAGAGGAAGAGCCAUUGACAUUAAGCUGGAGUGGAUCGUUAUUACUUGUUGGAGAUAGUCAGGGAAAUCUCACAGUAUGGGACUCGUAUGGAGCUAAUUUCCGGUCGAAAGAACACUGUCAUGAGGGGCCUUUGACAGCAAUGAUCGUCACAGCAAAUAAUAAAUAUGUGAUAACAGGUGGCAAUGAUAAAAAAAUCAUUGUUUGGAACUGUCACUAGUGAUUAAAAAUACAAUUAUCUAUGUAAAAAAUGAAAGACAUGCCAAAUUUAAUAUCAUUCCCUAUUUUCUAUAUAAAGUAUAUUUGAUUGAAUUAUUGGACGAUGACUUAUAUAAGUUUUGUUUAACAAAUAAAUAUAUAAUGAUCUUUAAUUAAAUAUAUUAACAAUCUCAUCAGAGUAAAAUUUUAAAAAUGAAGUCUUAAUUUUACAAUUUGCUAUCUAUACAGGUACAAUAUUUCAGUAUUUGAUUAAAAAAAUGGUAGUUUUUUUAACUGUUCAUAAGUGAUAAAAAAGAUUACAUUCCAUGGGCCCAUUCUGAGAAAUGAUGGCACGAAACCUUUAUACAACGCAGAUACACCUUCUGUUUUAAUUGUCUAAAAUGUUAGAGUUUUUAAAUGAAUCAGUUGUUCUGAACAAAUAAAUUUUAAUAUACUUACUUGAAAAAAA